AUGCAUAUCCAUUUACCAGACAGGUUUGAUAUAUUUGAGCCGGUAAGGAGAAACUUUUAUACCCUUUCAGCACAAUGCCCAUCACAACUGAAUCAAUCGACAAGUGCAAGAAAUCUAUCUGUUCUCAAUCUGAGUGGUGGCAGUUUCAAAACAAGAUAUUAUGAAUGCUUCAAGCACUACAACCAAUUACAGGUUCUGCUACUGAAUAGUUCCAAUUUAGAGACUGUUGAGAAUUCAGCAUUCUCCAACAUAGUCCAUUUGAAUCAACUCUAUCUACAUGACAACAGGUUAACAGAGUUUCCAAGCAAACCAAUGGCUUCACUUACUCUGCUCCAGGUCCUGGUUAUCAGUAACAAUUCCAUCAAGGAAAUUAAAUCAGAUGCUUUUCAGAGUUUACACGAGCUUAGAGAACUAUACUUGGGUCCACAGCUGCAGCUUCAAGACUUCCAAUACCAAGCUCUGCUCCCCCUGAAAAAGAUUAAGGUGCUGAUCCUUAAGGGGCUCAGUCUGACCUAUGUGCCUGUCAUUAAUCAAAUGCGACUACUUCAAGAACUGGAUUUAUCUGAUAACAAGAUCGAUCGCGUACUAUCACAGUACUUCUCCGAAUUAGCCAGACUACAGAUACUGCGAUUGUCAGAAACAGGUAAUUUGCUGGGACUCAGUGCUACUGUGUUUGGUGCUGUCAAAAAUCCUUGA